UAAAUUUUCGGAAUCCAGAUUACGUUUGUCUGGAAGGUUUCGACGGAAUCAAUCAAGUCUGAACUGUUGAACCGUUCCUAGUUUAGUUGUCGAGGACAAGCAGCAUUGCAAAGUCGAAAGCUCGCCACUUUCCUCUUCCUGAGGCCAUAUCUUCUGUAAGGUCAAGUGUUUAUUACGAAGUCUACAAGGAUGGAGAAUCUUAAUAACCACCCGGAUCAAAGAGUCACCGGAAACGGCCUCCCCCCGCCCCCUCCCCCUUCCAGUCACCCAAUUCACCCUCAUAUCCAUGAACCGUUUUUCAACCACUGCAACUUUCUACAGCCGAAUGGCCAUGAUCCUCACAUCGCCGGUAACUUCACUUACCCCCAUGUCCCUGGCCCUCCCAAUGGUUUUGCUAACCAUAAUCAACCUUAUAACCACUUUAAUCACAUGAAUGGCGAUCCAAACAACUCGUUCGGUGCUGGAGGACCUCCCUCUACCAAUGGCAACUCUGGAUAUGGUUUUAACCAUCCCUUGCCUCGUCCGGGGCGGAAACGAGGUUGGCAUCCCUCUACCCAAGGAGCUUCUCCAGAUCAAGUUGACGGUGCUUAUAAUGUGAAACUUUACAUUGCUCCUGUUCCAAGGACAUCGACAGAAAAUGAUAUCCGCCUGGUGUUUGAAGAACACGGAACUAUUGUUGAAGUUGUUCUUUUGAGGGAUAAGAAAACAGGAGAAAGACAAGGAAGUUGUUUUGUGAAAUUUGCAACGUUAGAUGAAGCUGAGAGGGCUAUCAAAGCUUUAAGCAAUCGAUAUACUUUCACUGGGGAGUCAUCACCCAUUGUUGUCAGAUUUGCAGACCGAGAAAAAGAGCGUCUUGGGAUUCGAGGGUUCCCCCAAAUUAUGGACAAAAAAAAUCUCUCAGAAGAGGCGGUGGACAAAGUGUUUGUUGGUUGCAUCAACAAAGAAGCUUCAAAAAAGGAAAUUGAAGAAGUAUUUUCUCCUUAUGGACAUGUGGAGGACAUCUUCAUUGCUCAAUCUCGCGGAUAUUGUUUUGUCAAAUUUUCAAACAGAGAUAUGGCUUUGGCAGCAAUCAAAGCGCUGAACAAUGCAUUCACAAUGAGGGGUUGUGAUCAUCCAUUAAUUGUUCGUUUUGCGGACCCUAAGAAACCCAAGACCGGAGAACCCAGGGUCAACCAUAUGCCUGGGAGUGCAUUUGGUCCAUGUUCUCAAGAACCAGCUGUCUGGCUGCCACCGAACUAUGGUGAUUCCACUGGAGGGAGUAAUCUGCCUAUGGCCCCACAUCAUCCCACAAUUCCACACCCACAAGUUGCUCCUCAUAUUCAAAACUGGCAACCUGCUAAUGCCAUGGUGCAACAACCAUUUCCUUCCAAGCAAGCACAUCCACAAUUGGCUCCAAUGCCCUCCCAGUCCAUGCAGGCUCAAAAGUUAUCUUCUCAACCAGUUGUUACCGAGGUGCUGAAGCAGUCGCAUCCAACAGAUUCAUCAAGUCAAAAUAUAGUAGAGCAGCAGAUAAAUACACAGCCUUCCCAGACCGGAGGCAGUCCUUGUGCUGUUGCUGGCAGUACAUCACCAAAUAUGCCAGAAAGUCCUGACGACGAAGUUUUUCCAGAGUGUGACUGGAGUGAGCAUAUCUGUCCUGAUGGUAAUAAGUACUACUAUAAUUGCGUAACUUGUGAAAGUAGGUGGGAGAAGCCCGACGAAUAUGCCUUGUAUGAGAACAAACUACAAGAGCAGGAGGAUCAUGGCUGUCCAAAUUCAUAGUUGGCAUUAUCUUCCUGACAAGUUGCUUAGAUACAGCAGGAAACAAGUAGUUAUAUCACGUCUCUGUCUUAAGGAGAAUCUAAUAUCUGAAACCACAAUUACUAUUGGAAAUGUUUCCAUUAUCUGAAGAUUCGAUCCUCCAAACAGCGGACCACCUCGGCUGCAUGAACUUUGCAAUGGCUGCUACUAUCUUGUAAUAUAUUUUUUUUCCUGUGGUUUUUUUUUUUGGGGGGGGGGGGGGUGUAGCCGGUGGACUCCUAGCAUUGUAUUUGAGAUUGAUGUUUUGUGGGUCUUCUGUUGCGGGCGGAGCUUUAGACAACAAACGGCUGGCCGAUUUUUUCCCCCCUUUCUUUUCUUUAGCAAAAAUUAUUUACAGGCAAGGAAGUGUACAGAAAGCUCGAAACUGGUUAUAAUAAUAUGUUUAGAUCCUCA